AUGAACCGUAUCAAGGUGAAUAACAGGCAUUUGUGGAAUUUCUAUGUGUUUCCUUUGAUGUUCUUUACAACUGUGGCAUGUUUUCCAACUAGCAGACCAGAUCUGGAGGCGCAGCCUGAGAUAAGAGAUGAGAAGCACUUUCCUAACGGCACAGUAGUUGGUAGAUAUACGUACAUGGACAAUGAAGGAAACCCAAUACAAGUGAAGUAUUACGCAGACGAUGCAAGCUAUGGGGUGGAAUUAAAGAGCAUUAAAGUUGUGGAUUCAACAGGCGAUUCAUCACUAGUGUCAGCAGUAAGUGCAAAUACAAAUAGUCAGAUUAGUCCGAAUAGCCAACCUAAUAAAUUGGACUUCAAUUUGAUAAGGAAUGUAGAAUCUGAUGCAAAGAUGUCAUCUACAAACAUGCUACAUGCUAAUACCAACAUGCCUAUGAUCGAAGCUGGGCAAUCUGGCGCCAAAUACAGAAUCAAUGAACCAAUAUACAAUUUCCCAAACAGAGAAGGAACCAAAACGAAUCGCUACAAAGUUGAGAAACCCAAUCCUGAUUAUGAGAUCUUCUACCAGAAUGAACUGAAAGGUCCUAAGAAGUGCAACAAGGAUAAAGUUCGUGUUUAUUUCGAUAAAGAAAAUAGGAACAUUCGUAGUGUUUCAGUCAACAGUUUCGAAGCUGACAAGUUUUGUGAGCAAUUCUAA